AAACAGCUCAGCAGGAGCAACUCUACAACUUUAUCAGCCUAAUUUAAUUUAAAGAAAUGCUGAGUUAAUGUAAAGGACCAGGAGAGGCGCUGCAGGGUAUUCAGGCAAAGUGGGAACCUAUCUCUCUCUCUCUAUCUCUCCUCCUUCUCCUCUCUGUCUGACUCUCUUAUUUUAGAGGCGUGUUCAAGACAAAGCAGGUCUAUCAUCUGUGUCCUUUGGUGAGCAGACACUUCUGAAACACAGCUCCUCAGUCUUUGAGCAAGAUGCAGAGGUGGGUUGUGAUCUGUUGUGCUCUCCUGGCUCUGGUUGGUGCUGACGAGUGUCCAGAUGGAGGGAGAUGUAAAGACGGUCAAACCUGCUGCUAUGACCCAGCCAAUGGCUAUGAAUGCUGCCCAUUUGCUCAGGCUGAGUGCUGUGGGGAUCACAUGCAUUGCUGUCCUGAGGGAACAGUCUGCGAUACAGCCACGUCCAGCUGUCUGAACUCUACUGGGUCCAUCCCCUGGGUGGAAAGAGUCUCUGCUGAUCAGCCACGACACUCUAAAUCCUUCAGGAUGAUCAAGACACACAUGGGGGAGGAUGACGACAACAUCUGUCCCGAUUGGUCACGAUGCCCACCUGAGUUUUCCUGUCUAAAGGCCUUGACAAGGUUUGGCUGCUGUCCCCUAGCUCAGGGAGUCCCCUGCUCUGAUGGGAAACACUGCUGUCCUGAGGGCCAUCAGUGCAGCGCAGACAGCCGCUCCUGCAUCGAAAAAGAGCUUGUGACCACAGUUCUGUGCAGUGACGGAAUAUCAGAGUGUCCAGAUGAAACCACCUGCUGUGAAACCCCAGAGGGAAAGUGGGGAUGCUGUCCCCUGCCAAAGGCUGUGUGCUGUGAGGAUAAGACACACUGCUGUCCUGAAGACAGUACCUGUGAUGUGGAACAGUCCAAAUGUAUUUCAUUAUCUACCAAAAAACAAACGCCAAUGUGGGCCAAACUCCCUGCCAGGAUAAGAGCAGACUGGGAGAACCAGAAAGAAGGUGAAAAAGUCACUGCAGAGACUGCUGUUGAUGGUGGCUCAGAAAAAACCCCUAAGGUCACCACAGUAAAUGAAGUUCCUCCUUCACAGAAUGAAGUGUCUGUGUCAACCACCACAAAGGCAGCUGCAGGCAACGAUAUCCCCUGCGAUGAUACAGUAGCCUGUGAAGAUGGUACCACAUGCUGUAAAACCAAAGAGGGUGGCUGGGCUUGCUGUCCUCUGCCAGAGGCUGUUUGUUGUGAAGAUAUGCUUCACUGCUGCCCAAAAGGUAAGAAAUGUAACCUGGUCGCCCAGACCUGCGAUGACGACACAUGCUCUGUGCCGUGGGUCCAGAAGGUACCCACAAUCCCCAGACAGGAUGCACAGGUGGGGGAUGUUACGUGUGACUCCACCUACAGUUGUCCUGAUGGAUCCACCUGCUGCAAGACCACAACAGGAGAGUGGGCCUGCUGUCCUCUGCCUGAGGCGGUCUGUUGUGAAGACCACGUGCACUGCUGCCCUACUGGCACCACCUGUAACCUGGCAGAAGAAACCUGUGAUGGCGCCUCAGGUUCAACGCCCAUGGAGCAGAAGAUACCUGCUUUUGCUACGGCAGCACCCACUACAGUGGCCCCCAUGACCCAAGAUCAGGCAACAAGCUCAAAGCAAGACGAGAAGAAGGAGCCUGAGACAGAGGAGGUAACAAAAGCAGAGAACAAUGAUGACGACGAUGAUGAGGAGAAUAAAGAGGUGGGGAGCAUUCAGUGUGACCCCCACACCAGCUGCCCUCAGUCUGCUACUUGCUGCUUCAUGACCUCGUCUCAAAAGUGGGGCUGUUGCCCACUGCCACAGGCUGUGUGCUGCACUGAUGGGAACCACUGCUGUCCCAACCAGUACAAGUGCGACGAGAGCCAAACCUCGUGCAUCAAAGGGGAAGUGGUGAUCCCCUGGUACACUAAGCUUCCAGCCACCAUCAGCAACGAGGCUGACCCCAGCUCUGUGCAGUGCGAAGAGCAGACCCAGUGUCCCGAACACACCACCUGCUGCCAGCUGCCGACAGGCGACUGGGGCUGCUGCCCGCUGCCAAAUGCUGUGUGCUGCCCAGAUAAGGAGCACUGCUGCCCACAGGGUUACACCUGUAACAUGGCCUCAAACUCUUGCCAGAAGGUCAUCAUGCUGCAGCUGGAGACUGUGCCACUAAUACCAGUGUAUCAAGUCGAGCAUCAACCCCCGCCCAAUCCCUCAGAGCACAAAGACGUCCAGUGUGAUGAACAGACCAGCUGUCCAGAUGGAAACACCUGCUGCAGGACCUCCACUACUACAUGGGGCUGCUGUCCAAUGCCUAAUGCGGUGUGCUGCAGCGACAUGUUGCACUGCUGUCCAGCUGGCUACACCUGCACCGACAUUGGAGACUGCGAGCAGGGCACCAGGCCCCACUGGCGGGACUGGCACGUGUUCCUUGGAAACAAAAAGAGAGCUCUACUUUUGUACACUUCAGAAACACCUGACUGCUUACAUCAGCCCUUCAAGAUGCAGAGGUGGUUCGUGAUCUGUUGGGCUCUCCUGGCAUUGGUUGGUGCUGACGAGUGUCCAGAUGGAGGAAGCUGUAAAGACGGUCAAACCUGCUGCAAUGACCCAGCCAACGGCUAUGAAUGCUGCCCAUUUGCUCAGGCUGAGUGCUGUGGGGAUCACAUGCAUUGCUGUCCUGCGGGAGCAGUCUGCGAUAUAGCCACGUCCAGCUGUCUAAUCUCUACUGGGUCCAUCCCCUGGGUGGAAAGAGUCUCUGCUGAUCAGCCACGACACUCUAAAUCCUUCAGGAUGAUCAUGGCUUACAAGGGGGAAGAAGACGGCAACAUAUGUCCUGAUCAGUCACAAUGCCCACCUGAGUUUUCCUGUCUAAAGACCUUGACAAGGUUUGGCUGCUGUCCCCUAGCUCAGGGAGUCCCCUGCUCUGAUGGGAAACACUGCUGUCCUGAAAACCAUCAGUGCAGUGCAAACAGUCGCUCCUGCAUCAAAAAAGAGCUUGUGACCAGCGUUAUCUGUGGCGACGGAGUUACAGAGUGUCCAUCUGGAAACACCUGCUGUAAAAGUGCAUCAGGAUCAUGGGGAUGCUGUCCUCUGCCACAGGCUCUGUGCUGCACUGAUGGGAUCCACUGCUGUCCAUCCAACUACAAGUGUGAGGGGACCACCUGCCUUCCAGCCACCACCAGCAUCAAGGCUGAUCCCAGCUUGUUGGUGAAAGAGCUUGAGACCAACAUUAUCUGUGGCGACGGAGUUACAGAGUGUCCAUCUGGAAACACCUGCUGUGAAAGUGCAUCAGGAUCAUGGGGAUGCUGUCCUCUGCCACAGGCUCUGUGCUGCACUGAUGGGAUCCACUGCUGUCCAUCCAACUACAAGUGUGAGGGGACCACCUGCAUCAGAGGGGACGUGGUGAUCCCUGCGUACACCAAGCUUCCAGCCACCACCAGCAUCAAGGCUGAUCCCAGCUUGUUGGUGAAAGAGCUUGAGACCAACAUUAUCUGUGGCGACGGAGUUACAGAGUGUCCAUCUGGAAACACCUGCUGUGAAAGUGCAUCAGGAUCAUGGGGAUGCUGUCCUCUGCCACAGGCUCUGUGCUGCACUGAUGGGAUCCACUGCUGUCCAUCCAACUACAAGUGUGAGGGGACCACCUGCACCAGAGGGGACGUGGUGAUCCCUGCGUACACCAAGCUUCCAGCCACCACCAGCAUCAAGGCUGAUCCCAGCUUGUUGGUGAAAGAGCUUGAGACCAACAUUAUCUGUGGCGACGGAGUUACAGAGUGUCCAUCUGGAAACACCUGCUGUGAAAGUGCAUCAGGAUCAUGGGGAUGCUGUCCUCUGCCACAGGCUCUGUGCUGCACUGAUGGGAUUCACUGCUGUCCAUCCAACUACAAGUGUGAGGGGACCACCUGCAUCAGAGGGGACGUGGUGAUCCCUGCGUACACCAAGCUUCCAGCCACCACCAGCAUCAAGGCUGAUCCCAGCUUGUUGGUGAAAGAGCUUGAGACCAACAUUAUCUGUGGCGACGGAGUUACAGAGUGUCCAUCUGGAAACACCUGCUGUGAAACUGGAUCAGGAGUAUGGGGAUGCUGUCCUCUGCCACAGGCGGUGUGCUGCAGCAACAUGUUGCACUGCUGUCCCUAUGGCUACACCUGCACAGACACUGGACACUGCAUUCGGGAGAGCAGGCUCCACUGGCAGAACUGGCAGUUGACUCGUGCCAACAAAAAGAGAGCUCCACUUUUGUGAAAACAUCUCCCCCCUGCAUGUGUCAUGUGUUUCUGCGUGCAAUGUAUUAAUGGAAAAUAAUGUCAGAGGGAUUGAAUGAUAUUGAUACUUUGAUUUUUAUUCUUAGUGAAAGGAUGAAGGGUAUCUGUGAAACUGAAUUGCACCUGGGGGUACGGUAUUCUGUGAUCU